AUGUCGAGCGUUGUGUUGUGUAGUUCAGAGACGGAGUUUGCCAGGACGGUGGCCUCCGAGUACCACUGUGUGGAUGUUAUUGGUGCCAAGCUGGGGGGCCGUGUGGUGUGUUGCUCAGACGAGUGGUUUGCGGCGGCUGAGAACCUGAUCCAGCCGAGGGCUCCGGUAAGAGAUGCUACUCGGUUCACGCACGCUGGAGCGUGGUACGAUGGCUGGGAGACCCGUAGACACAACGAGAAUGCGUACGACUGGGUUAUUCUGCGGAUGGGGGUCGCUGCGGCGCAUGUUGUGGGCGGCGAGGUCGACACGGCGUUCUUUGACGGGAACCACGCUCCAUACGUGGCGGUGGAGGCCCUGUACGACGAGCAGGCGGAGGAUGUGGCCGAGGAUGACGCCCGCUGGGUGACAGUUGCGGACAAGUUCGCGUGUGGGCCGUCACAGAGGCACUUCUUCCUGCGGAAGGCGGGUCUCACCGGCGACAAGUUCACGCAUGUCAAGCUGAAGAUGUAUCCCGACGGCGGGAUCGCACGGUUCAGGCUGUACGGGAAGGUGGUAUCGCCCGCGCAGGCGGCGGGGGACAUUUCUGAGCUGCUGGACCUGGCGAGCGUGUGCAACGGCGCUGUAGCGAUAGCCGUGUCGGAUCAGCACUAUGGGUCUGCAGAUAAUCUUCUGCUUCCUGGUCGUGGCCACGACAUGUCCGAUGGAUGGGAGACGAAGAGGUCUCGGGAGCCCGGUCACGUCGACUGGGUGAUCGUACAGCUGGGACGGCGCACGAGAUAUCUGGACCGUGUGGUGGUUGACACGGCUCAUUUCAGGGGCAACUUCCCGCAGUACGUCAGGGUAGAGGGCUCGAACGGGCUUGGUGCUGAGUGGAUAGAACUGGUGGGAAAGUCGAAGACGGGCCCAGACAAAGAGCACGAGUUCGAAGUCAAGCGGGACGUGGAGCUGACGCACUUAAAGCUCACCAUCAUCCCUGAUGGCGGUGUCAAGAGGAUAAGAGCGUGGGGCCGUUGA